AUGUCGGCGGCGGCUGGACGCGGUCCUUACGGCAUGAACUACAGUAUUGAGCAAAUCGCGUCGAAUCCUAUACUUGACGAGAAUACCUGGUCUGGAAAUGGGGAAUUUGGUGUUGAUCCUGGGGUGCAACUCACUGUCAGCGGAGGAGACCCUGCCAAUGGGUUUGUUCAGACUGCGGAGAUGGAUUCAGCCCGUGAAGAUUUACUAUGGGGAACAUAUAGAGCUGCUAUGAAGCUGACUUUGACUCCUGGUACAUGUUCAGCUUUCUUUUGGUAUUUCAACGACAGCCAAGAAAUCGACAUGGAGUUUCUAUCUUCUCAAUUCAACGCUGAUAACAAUACAUUUCCUGUCAAUCUUGUUCUACAGUCAGUGCAAUCAGUGCAGGCUGGCUACAACGCUGCCGUGACAGAUUCUGGCAAAGAUGAACAGCACAGCAGUCCCGACAUCGCCUGGUCAUAUGAUCAUCACACAAUGGAGCAAUGGCAACCCACUGUGGUCGUCAGUGCCGCAAAUGCCAUUUGUGCCAUUCCAGACCAGAUGUCGGCUCCAAACCCGGACGGGACCAAUGGUAAUGUUUCAGCAAGUACAUAUUUCUUCAGCAAUCAAAAGAAUGAGACGAAUAAUCAGACUGUGUACAAAAAAAGUGAAGCUACCAAGGCAGCAACCGCAGGGCCUCUUAGCUCGAUACCACUUUUCGCUGUUAUUUCUUUGAUCGCUGGAAUCCUGCUUUAA